AAAUUUUCCUGUUGUUUUUGUUAAUUAAACGUUUGAAAAAAAUAAUCAGCUGGGGUUAUAUCGCCACUGCAUUAAUACACUUUGGUACAUAUGUUGUUUUUUAUAUUCUUUCAUUCUCACAAUUCGUUCUUUCUCCACCACCCAACACACCCCCCGCAAUUUCUUUUUUUUUGUAUUUUUUAUUCACUGUUUCAAAUGUUCUUUAUACAUUUUUCAUACAAAAUAAAAUAUUUAACAAUCAACCCCAAUCGUUUGUCUUCCAUUUUCGUGUUGUUCGCAGUAGAACGAAAAAAUUUUUCAAUUUGCGUGAAAAUGUCGAGUUUUUUCUCAAUAAAAUUGUGAAAAUUUUGUGAAAAUAUAUUAAAAUUCGCAACAGUACAAUGUAAAGUAGUGCAAGAACGUGAAAAUUGUUAAGUUUUUUGUGGAAAAUCUGAAAAGAAAAAAUUUGUCAACAAAAUUUACACGCAGGUGCGUAGCGUACGCAGACGUGACAGACGGUAGCCCAACUGGGCCUGCUUGCUCCAUGAAAGAAUUUCAUAGAAAUUGUGUGGGCAGACAUGCCAAUCAGCCUAGAAGAGUAAAUAAUAAAUCAGACAGAAUAUUUACUUCAUAUAUAAACUUUGUUCUAACGUUGGGGGUACAAGAAAACUCAUUCAUCUACAAUAUUAUAAAAACAAAAUCAUGAUGCGCGGUCUCUUAGUGAAUUGGAUUUUGGGGCAAUCGUAGUCUGUGGCCUGGAACUCAAUGAUGGGAGAUGAACAUUUCAAACGCAUAUGUAUAUUUUUUUCCAAAGCCUGAAGAUUUGUAUAACACAAGACGACAAACAUCUCUUAAACUCUUCUUCUCACACACUCUCUAUAUAACGUUCUUCUGUAACACAAUUAUCAUCUUUUACAUUCUAUAAUCGAAAAAAGAGAAAAUAAUAAAAUUUAAAGUGGAGAAGUGCAAUAUUUAUUAAUAUUUCUUUAAAUUAAGUAACGAAACCAAAGAUUUUGGGUGCUUCCCUAAAAACAAAAUCCAGGGAGCAUAAACCCAAUUCCAAACGGAAAAUCCCUAAAUCAAAAGCUAAAACCAAAUAUUACAAACAAACAGUCACAUAAUGAAUGUGACUACUAUAUCGACGGGUACGCAUGCUACCCAGGCGGCAGUCGAGAGUAUAACUAAUGUCAAACACCAACAACAGACCUAUAAAAUAGAAAUGCUCGAGGACAGUUUGGCAUCCGAUGAUGAUGACGAUGAUUUGAUUAGUAGCGAUGGCAGCAUGUUCGAUGAAACUGAACUAACACAUAUUGCAGUGCAAGAUGAUUUAGCCAACCAAUUGGCAGCUGCCGGACCAGUGGGUGUAGCUGCUGCAGCAGCUAUAGCCUCGUCUAAGAAACGCAAAAGACAACAUUCGUUUGAAACGAAUCCGUCUGUACGUAAAAGGCAACAGAAUAGAUUAUUGCGCAAAUUGCGUGGCAUAAUCUAUGAGUUUACUGGUCGUGUGGGCAAACAGGCUGUGGUGUUGGUAGCCACACCGGGUAAACCCAAUACCAGCUAUAAAGUUUUUGGUGCCAAACCACUAGAGGAUGUAGUGCGUAAUCUUAAGAAUAUUGUUAUGGAUGAGCUGGAAAAUGCUUUAGCUCAACAAGCACCACCCCCACCACAAGAGGAUCCCUCAUUAUUUGAACUACCACCUCUUAUCAUUGAUGGUAUACCAACACCUGUGGAAAAAAUGACACAGGCUCAGCUAAGAGCUUUCAUACCAUUGAUGUUAAAAUACUCUACUGGUAGAGGUAAACCAGGUUGGGGACGUGAGGCCACUAGACCACCAUGGUGGCCUAAAGAAUUGCCCUGGGCUAAUGUACGCAUGGAUGCCAGAUCUGAAGAUGAUAAACAAAAGAUUUCCUGGACUCAUGCUUUGCGAAAAAUUGUCAUCAAUUGUUAUAAAUAUCAUGGCCGCGAAGAUCUCUUGCCCACAUUUGCCGAUGAAGAGGAAAAAGUCAGCCAAAUGAUCUCACACGAAGAGGAAGAGGAGGAAGAAGAGGUGAUUGUACAGCCUGUUAGUAAUCAAGCUACUACUAUACAAACUAUACACACAACAAAUGCGCCCACAAAUGCUACAACUAAUGUAAGGCAACAAGUCAAUGUGGUUAAAAUUAAUAGUUCAGGAACUGUAAUAACCACAACAAAUCCACAUAAUCCAAAUAAUCCUGGACCCACUAUUAUACAAAGUACGAAUGAUCAACAUAUUACAACAACGGCACGUUUGCCAGCAUCGACAAAGAUAGAAUUGUGUCCUGCGCCAAUGGCACAGAUAUCACAACAACAACAUCAUCAACAGCAGCAGCAACAACAUCAGCAACAACAGCAGCAACAACAACAGCAGCAGCAACAACAGCAGCAACAACAGCUGACAGCAGCAACAGCAGCAGCAACAACAACAGCAGCAACAACAACAGCAGCAACAACAGCGCAACAACAACAGCAUCAUCAACAACAACAUCAUCAAAUACAAACCACAAAUGUGACUUCUCAACAGUUGGCCAAUGCUCAAGUUUGCAUAGAACCCAUGACCUUGGGAGAUGUUGAUUACACCACCCAAACGGUGUUAUCCACCAUACAAAAUGCUGACGGCACUGUUUCGCUUAUACAAGUUGAUCCUAAUAAUCCUAUUAUUACAUUACCGGAUGGUACCACAGCUCAAGUCCAGGGUGUUGCAACGCUGCAUCAAGGUGAAGGUGGUGCCACCAUUCAAACUGUUCAAAGUUUGGGUGAUGUUAAUGGUCAUGAAAAUAUGACUGUUGAUUUAACGGAAGCUACUGUGGCUCAAGAUGGUCAGAUCUACAUAACGGCUGAGGAUGGUCAAGGUUAUCCAGUGUCCGUUAGUAAUAUGAUUACAUUACCGGUAUCAGCAUCCAUGUAUCAAUCAAUGAUGGCCAAUAUCCAACAAAUACAUACAAAUAGCGAUGGCACAGUGUGUAUAACACCAAUGCAGGUAGAUGCUCAAAACAAUAAUAAUAAUUCUAAUGCAAAUACAAAUAACAAUAAUAGUAGCAGCAGUAAUAAUUGUAGUAAUAGUAAUGUUAAUAGAAGUAGUAGUCAUAAUAAUAACAAUGAUACUGAGGACAAUGAUAAAGGAAAUCCAAAUACAGCAGUCAAUUCAACAACACCACAGUAUCAAUGUUAUUCAAUAAUGGCAGCAACACCGCUUGCUACCACAACAGCUCAUCGGCUGUUGACAAAUUCAGCUUUAAAUCAAACACAGAAUUUAGCUAAUAAUUUAAAUAGCAAUAUUAAUAAUAACAGUAGUAGUAAUAUUAGUCCUAGUAAUAUACGUUGCCAAAUUAUAAACGCCUCUAGUUUACACCAAAAUUCUAGUCAAAUGAAUUGCCAACAACAACAGCAGCAACAACAACAACAAAAUUAUUUAGCAAAUGUUUUACAAAGUGCAACAGCUAAAGUUUUUAUAGCAAAUCCAACACAUUUAAAUUUAACAGCAGCCACUAAUAUUUUAAACAAUAACAAUAACGAUACAACAACUAACAAUAACAAUAAUAGUAGUCAUAAUAAUAACAAUAAUAAUGGUCAUAUAAAAAUUGCCACGGCUAUGCCUUUGCCAAUAGUUGUAGCUGCCACCACAGCACAGCAUACCCCAUCAGCAACUGAGGGAAAUUGUAAUGUUGUUGGUGGAGCAGGUGGUGGCGUUAAUAAUAGAAAAACUGGACAUAAACGUCGUAAGCAAACGUUUGCCAAAGUCAUACCAAUUAAAAUAGAGGAAAAUCUUGCCACAGAUGCUGCAAACAACACUAUCAAUCAUAAUAAUAACAACAACAACUCAGGCGAAAGCCUUUUGAAUAUACAAAUUGUCAAUACUACAGAUAAUAGAGUUGUUGUGGCGGGAACUGGUAGCGUUGGUGGUGGUGUUGUCGGCAGUUUAGGCAAUUUACGAGUUGGCAAUCGUCUUGUUAGUGUCGAUGUUUCAUCCUCAUCCAAUACCUCUGGGUCACAGUUACCCGCCAAAACCAUUAAAUUAGAAACACUAGACAAUUAAUUACAAUUAACAAUGACAGCAAGCAAUAUCAUCAUUAAUGAAGGAAAUUUUUUAUGAAAUCACUUCAGUUAUAGAAUGGAAUGUAUACUACUUUCAAAUUUAGGACCACAAAAUAUUGUUAUAGAAUUUAAAACUUUGAAAAAAAUGCGCUGGUGCACGAAGUUUUUAUAUAGUUUUGUGUUCAAUAUUGAUAUAUUAAAACUUAAAUUUAGAUUUUAAAAGUUUCUAAUUUGAAAAUCUUCAGUUGUAUUUCAAAAGUCUGUAAAUAUAAUUUAAAAAUGUUAAAUUGUAUUUAAAUACUUUUAUUUUCAAAUUGUAUUUUAGAAUUGGUAGUAGAUGUAAUGACUAAAUCACUGAAAUGGAGAAAUAUCCCUUUUAAGAAUAACUCCCAUCUUUAGUUUUCUAAAUUUCUAUAAUGUUUUCCAUUGCUAUCGAAAAGUAUACAUUCUUGUAUAUAUCUGUGUUAUGAGGAAGGAUUAUACUUAUAACAAAGUAGACUUUUGUUCUUUUUAAUUUAUUUAUAAUUUCAUUCUGAUGUUUUUUAUCCGUUAUUGCUGCUUUUUAUCGCAAAAUAUAAACGGUCUGUCUUGUUGCAGUGGUUUAUUUUUUACACAGUCUUAAGUAUAAAACUAGCAUUGAAAUCUAUUUUUUAAGAACCCUUUUAGAUCUUCCAAUGAUUGACUACUAGAAUGUCAUUACCAGUUCUAUUUCCUCAUUGAUUUCAGAAAGAUUUACUCUCUGACAAUCUUAUUAAGAAUACAGAAAGAAACCGCACCAAUUACUUACAAAACACUGUGUGUUAUUUCAUGCUUUAUCUGAGUGCUUUUUGUAUAUCUUUUUGAAAGAAUUUCUUUAGCUCUUUGUGUGCUAAAUUUUUGGUCAUGGCUGUAUUAGUGACAUACAAACGUUGUUCUCAUUAUGUUUUCAUUUCUUAUAAAGUGCAUUAUAAUUGAAAAAUAAAUUAAAAUUAGCAAAGAAUUUUUAAAAAUAUAUUUCAUAUUCAUUCUAAAAAAUCCGCAUUAAAAAUUUAAUAAAAUAAAACAUUUUGUAAUAAAAUUAAUUAAAGAAAUUUUUAAAAAGGUUUUAGUGACAUAACAAGGAUACAAAUUUGUUACACUUGUUUUGUAUUAAAAAAUCAUUGUUGAAAUAUUUUUUUUUAAAUUUCAUAACAAUAUAACAAGUGAAAGCAAAAAUUCUGUUUAAAUUGUCAGUUUAAUUUAAAUUGAUGUUUUUAAAUCAUAUUUUAAUAAAAUUCUUCCAAUUCUAAAU